AUGAGGUAUUUUAGAUGCUGGGACAGCCACAUCGCAAAAGGAUGUUUCUGCCUUCCUUGGAAAAAAAUACACAUUUUUAAAGCCAGAAAAGAUUUCCCAAAGGAAAGUGAAGGAACAUCAUCUGCUACCAGCCAGCAGGACAAUGCUGACCAGAGCUCUGCAGAGGAGCUGUGCUAUGCCCUCAUCAAUCACAGAGUCCUCAGAAGGCCGUCAGGGAACUCUGCUGAGGGGUACUAUGAGAACGUCCUUCCCCAGGCCGAGAGGCCCAGAGAGUUGUGGAGAGGAACUGAGACUGACUACUCACUUCUCCAUAUGCCUUCCACCCCUAGGCAUCUUCCUUCCACCGAAGAUGAAUAUGAAUUUCUACCCAGUAGAAUCUCCUCUCACAUCCUGGGAUAGACACGUCCACUUACCACUUCUGAGGCUCAGUUUUCCCAUUUAUAA